ACAAAAGACCAAUUUUAAAAAGUAUGUUUAAUAUGGAAAUGUUGGCCUCUGAAAAGUAUGUCCAUCUAUAUGCACUCAAUACUUGGUUGGGGCUAUUUGACUUGAACUACUGGAAAUUGACUUUUCCAUCAUAUUCUAAUUUAUUGAGCUGCACCUGUAUAAGUGGAGAAGCACAAAAUCCAGACUUUGCCGGGACAAAAAUGAUGAAUUUCUGCUGUCAGUGUCUCACUCUGUUUGUUUUCUCUCACAUCAGGUUCCGUUUCACUCACAAAGAAAACUGUAAAAACUGAGGAAAUACUUAAUUCGCAUUAGCUCUGGAAGCCGCCAGACUACAAAAAAAACAGCCUUGCAUCAUGGGGAUUGCGGUCUACAACAUCUCCGCCACCUCGGCCAGAGUGAGCUGGCCGUCGUCCCCCGGCUGCCUGGACACCUUCUACAGCGUCAUGUACGACCCCAACUGGAACAGCCUGCUCAUGGGCUACAAGCGCAAGAGUUUCAUGCACGAGGAACGCAUCCCCGUCAGUCAGACCAGCACGCAUCUGGCCAACCUCCUCCCCCAGACUGCCUACUUCCUGUGUGUGACGUGCCAGGCGGCCAAUCCGGUGCGGGACCAGUGCCAGGUGUUCAGCACGCCGAGUGACAGCGGCGAAGGUCACGACAGAGCGGGUUGGGAGCUCGCCAUGGGCGUCUGGCUGACCUGCUGCAUCUUGCUCCUGGUCAUCGCUGGCAUCCUGUUGUGGGGAUGUCUCCACACCAUCUGCUCCAUCCCCGGUCAGGCCGCGGACAGCUGCCACGUAGUGACCAACUCAAUCCACCAGGACAUGUCUGGAUCUGGACGCCUCUACAAUCCCAGACGCACCAGCGAGGACAGCGCGAAACACGCCGGCAUCAUGCAGCCGCCCCUCCUCUCCACGCAGACCACCAGCCACAUAAUUACCCAGGACCACGAGCUGAGGUCACUCGCUAAGCUGUCUGGCACCGAGCCAGUGUGAAUCCACUGGAUUGAGGUCAUCUUGGCAUUGUUUUGUCCGAACUGAAUUGUUUUUUAUCCUCUGAUGAAAUUCUACAGAGCUGGAAGGUGUCAUGGAGAAGGAAAAAAAGAAACUAAUCUGUGCUCUCGAAUUACUAAAUCGUGCUCUCGAUUCAA